UUAUAAAAAUAAAUUUUUGUGGCAAUAAAUGAUAUCGUUAAGUAACAAUAUUUGUAAUUUAUUAUCCAAUAAUUAAAUUGUAUUGUAUAUUAACAUAACAAAAAUAAUAAAUGGUAGAAACUAAAGAAAAAAAUGUAACAUGAUAUUAGCACCGAAGUCGAACAGCGAAUAAACACACUGAUCAGUCAUUGAUCAUCAGGAUUAAGAUGGACAGUUGUUUCAUGCCGCUUUCAUAUUGAGUGACAUGUACAUAAUUCAGAAUCGAGUAAUAAAGAAUCGAUGAUUGAUCAAAAAACCAAAAAUCAGGAACAUGUUUUUAAUAACUCGGAAAUCUCUUACGAGGAAUAUAUAGAGGACACAGAAGAGGUGGAAAAAGAACGAGCGAAAUCCUUCGAUGCACCACGUCGCGUUUUAUCAUUGGUGGAAAAAUGGCGAGAAUGGCAGGUUAUUUCGAUGUACUACGUAUCAAGAUCGGCAACGAUCGUGAUUGAUCACGCCGAUAUCUACGACAUAGCGACGUAAUGCGAUUCAAGCCAGUCAAUCUGAUUUAUUUGUGUUCGAAAGAGGCGAUGGCAGCGUUAGCGGAACAUGAACAACCUGAUAUACACAAGCCAUGGAAAAUUUUACCAAUAGAAAAAAAGAUUGAAGUUCCUCCUGGUAUUGAAGUUCCUAUCCGAAUUGAAGAUAUCAGAGAUAAAAUAAUAAAGGAUUUGCAAGAUAAUAUCCGUAUGGAACAACAAUAUGAAAAAGAAAGGAAAGAAUUCGAAGCAGAAGAAGCAAGGAAUCGUCAAAAACAAUUGGAACAGACGCAUGCAAUUCUUUCUCGACAUUGGACAGCAUACAUGAAGAAUAUGUUAAAGUUGGAAGAAGAAGACAAUUGGGUUCGAUAUAUGACUUGUGAUGGUCUUCCGAAUCCUGGAUUGCUAUCUGACAUGAAUACUUUUUUGUUUCUUUGGUCAUUGGAAGAUGAACUUGCAACUAUGGAUACAAUAGAGGAAAAAUGUCGAGUAAUCAUACACUUAUUGAAUAAACUUGAUAAAAUUAUUCGCUUUUCCACGUUAAUUACAAAAGAAUAUGUGACUGAAUACGAAACGAUUGCUGCCCAACUUCGGUUAAAGCUGCAACGAUGGAUAGAUCUUGCAUGUUAUCGUAUGUUACGUAACAUUGAGACAAAUAUGACUAGAGAAAAUACAAAAACAACUAGAUACGUUCGAACUAUGAAUAAAGCAAUAUGUUGUGUUUGGGCUCCGAUCACAUUACCAAUAGGAAUGAAACCACAAGUAAUGGAAAGAGAUCGAUUAUCGGUACUUCCCGUAGUUGGAAAAUGCAUUGAAAUAGAAUUCAAAGAAAUAAAGUUGAGAAUUAAAAUGCCAAGCAACAUAGAUUGUCAUCGUAUGGCGAUUAGAGGUCUAUGGCUUGCUUACGAUCAUUAUUCGAUUGGAUCGAAUUCUUAUUGGAUAUCCAAACUUCCAGAAUUAUUCGAUUUGUGGAAUCCUGCUCUCGGUCUUUUUGAAUAUUCAGUAAAAGAAUAUGAUGAAAAAAUUCGAAUAAGCGAAGAACAAGCAGAAGGACGACGUUUGCGAUUAGAAGAGAAAAAAGCAAUACUCGAGAAGUUAGAGUAUCCUUCAGUACCGCGAAUCGAUAAGAGAAAACGUGCUAAAAAGCAAAAAAAAUCUUCGCCGAAAGAUCACCAAACAGAAUUUGAAUCCAUGUUGACUUCAAUAUUACCUUCAAAAUCGGAAUUAUUACCUUAUUUACCCACCCCAAAUGAGAUCAUUCUUGAAAGAGAAGAAAAAGCUAUGUUAGAAAGCAAAAAACUAUUAUUCACUCGAUGCGAAAAAACGGAAGUGAACUUGCGAAAAUAUAGAAUUCUCGGUGGAGUAUUUCGCGUGGAUAUUCUCUAUCAACCACCGCAACCGAAGGAUCUUGGAAAAGAUACUUACUUGACAACUCUUGAGUUACCGAAAGAACCAAAAUUUGUGCCAUUUUAUAAACCAUAUGAAACACCUCGGUCAGAUCCAGAUUCUGAAAGAACGCCGGAAAUUAUCGAGGCUGAAAUGAAAGCUUUAGAAGUGGCAAUGGAUGCAUUAAUCUUGCUUACCCUCAAAUUACCAGAGUCGAUUUUCUGGUUUGAACCACCAGUAGUCGCUCAUUGGUUACCAGAAAAAAGGAUAUGGUCAACAAAAGAUAUUCACGAUAUUAAAUACAAUGAAGAGAAACAAACAAUUGCUUUCAGAACUGGAAGAUUGGGUAUUCAUGGAUUAGCUGGAUAUAAAUACGCAAAUCUUCCAUUUCAAAGUUGGGAAUUAAAACCAGAAACGAAAAAAAGUGGCUGUGUUCACAUUGGAGUAAUUCUCACUAUUACAGCUGCUAUAGUUCAAGCUGAAUUUCUUAUCAGGGAAGAUCAAGUUUGUUUAAAAUCAUUCACCGGUACCACGUCUACACCGCUUGAAGAAAUUCUCGGUGAAUAUUUCGAAUUAGAAUACUUAAUCGAGCGGUUACAACAGGUUGGAUGUGAUCUUUUUCCGGAACGAGAUGCUGCCAGUUAUUUGAAAGGACUCCCAAUAAAACACCCGAUUGCAGAGAAACACUUAAGAGAGUGUAUGGCUCUUUUGUCUACUUCUUAUAUUUUUUCGUGGUCACGAUGGAAUGCGACUCGAGACUUUCGAGAAAUAGUUUUACAAUUCAAAGAAGCACAUGGUUGUAUUGCUAAAGAGCGUACAAAUCUGACGCUUUUGGUGACACCUUCACGAACUAUGCGUAUACGUUGUACUGAAGUCAGUUCUGAAUUUUCCGAUUUACCGUUCGAGGAUCAAGAUACUAAGUACUAUGCCGAUCUCUAUCAACUGGCAUUACAUACAGCUGGAAUCAAGACUCGAUUGUUAACGAAACAGAUUACAUAUAAAUUAGCAUCAACAGUCACUCAGCUUCUUGAACGUACCAAUGUAAUCAGCAUGUCUUCUUAAUCCGAUCAAAUAUCAUUUGUCAAAAUGAAUACUAUAUAAAUGUUUCAUAAAAAAUAAAAGGGAAAUAAAAUUUAAUAAAAAAUUCAUUUCUCAAACGAAAUUCUCUUUAUUCGGAUAUACAACGUAUGUCGAGCAUAAAACAAUAUUCAGGAAAUAAAUAUCUCCGUUCGAUCAAUUUAUCAACGAUAUUAAUAUUUAUAAAACAAUAUUUCGAAGAAAACACAUAGCGAUAUCGAAUUUAUAGCUAAAAAGUUAAUGGAUGUAUUUCAUUCUUGGGUUGGCAAGGAAAGAAUAAAAUAAUAGAAUAAAAUAGAUACGUAGAUAAGACUGAGUCGAUUAUUAGACUCGAGAUGAAAGAAUGAGAUAUGAAGCAAAUAACAUAUUCAUUAAGGAUUUAUGAGAUUUGAUCGAUAAAAUAUAAUAUAUAAAUAAGCAAUACAACAAUAAGUAAAUGAUAGUGCAUUAAAUCUGUAUGAUCAAAAUAGUAUUUCACGAACUUAUCUACAAGAAUUUGACUAAUGCAAAUAUCUUGUUAAGCAAAUCUAACUAUGCGGAUCUGUUCAUGCGAUUUUCGACAAUGAAUGAUAUGCAUCAUCGCGAAACUGCAAUUAUAUUUCAAACGGAGUUCGUUUCUUUUUU